AUGGGGUUUGCAUUUAAGUCUGCUUGUCUCAGAAACCCGCAACAUACCAUUGCACUCUCCUCCCACAUAUAUCUGGCUAUUGUCCACCCGCUUAGACCCCGGAUGAAGUAUCAAACAGCCACUGGCUUGAUUGCCUUGGUUUGGCUAGUGUCCAUUCUCAUCGCCAUCCCUUCAGCCUAUUUCACAACAGAAACGGUCCUCAUCAUUGUCAAGAGCCAGGAGAAGAUCUUCUGUGGCCAGAUCUGGCCGGUGGACCAGCAGAUCUACUACAAGUCCUACUUCCUCUUCAUCUUCGGCAUCGAGUUCGUGGGUCCCGUGGUCACCAUGACCCUGUGCUAUGCCAGGAUCUCCCGGGAGCUCUGGUUCAAGGCGGUCCCUGGUUUUCAGACCGAGCAGAUUCGAAAGCGGCUGCGCUGCCGCCGGAAGACUGUCCUGGUGCUUAUGUGCAUCCUCACCGCCUACGUGCUGUGCUGGGCGCCUUUCUACGGCUUCACCAUCGUGCGCGACUUCUUCCCCACCGUGUUCGUGAAGGAGAAGCACUACCUUACUGCCUUCUACAUCGUUGAAUGCAUCGCCAUGAGCAACAGCAUGAUUAAUACCCUGUGCUUCGUGACCGUCAAGAAUAACACCAUCAAGUACUUUAAGAAGAUCAUGCUGCUGCACUGGAAGACCUCUUACAACGGGAGUAAGUCUAGCGCUGAUCUUGAUCUCAAAACCACAGGCAUGCCCGCCACAGAAGAGGUGGACUGCAUCCGACUGAAAUAACCAAUGGUGGUUGUCAAAUGCAUACUCAGACAGGACCUUGGGGACCGGGACCAGUUUGCUUAGAUACACACUCUCAACCAAGAGCUCUUUGUGUGCUGUAGAGGGCAGAGUAAAUGGACAGCUAUGGGAAUCCAUAGUUGAAGGGGCCCAGAAUUUCUAAAAUUAGACACCAUCACCAGUGGCUGACAGUCACUGAACUUCUAAUUUGUGCAAAGAGUAGGCACUGGUGAAAAAUGUGUAUGUUUACACCAUAAAGUUGGCAAAAAGAAAUAGGGGUUAAAGUAUGAAAAAAGUUGGGUCAUAAACAGUCUGAAAUAAGGGAGUUUCCAGAAGGGAACCCAAGUAGGCAUCUAAGACUGCUGUACAUGUGUUUGAAGGGUGAGGGUCUCUCUGGAACUUUGCAACUACUCAUCAGACAUCAAUGUAGCCCAACUCUAGGAUUGUUCUUAGGCUUAAUUUUACCCCUAAAAUUUGCAGGGAUGGGCCAAGAAUACAAAAUAGGCUCUGGGUUCACUCUCUUUGCAACCCUUCUCUUCUUCUCCCUAGUCCUGGCUCUCACUGCCUUACAUGCAUGCACAUGGACGCGCCAGAAUGCAUGGUUAAGCUCUGUCCAAAUUCUCUCCAUGUGAUUUGAGAGCAAGAUGUCUUUGCUGCUGUUGUCUGAAUCCCAUUAUAGUAAUUAUUCCUUGGGAUUAAUACUUGCUUCUCUUAAAAUGGAACUACUUUUGGGAAGGAUAACCCACCGCAUUUCUACUCUUCAAUGUGAAUGAGGUCAUGUGAUUUAGUGGCAAUGAUGAAGGUCAAUUAUAGAAUCCUGGGCCCCCCCAGGAAAGAAAGGGAUAUACAAAUGGCAGGCUGGGGAUCAACAAUGAGAUUUACUCACAUCACAGGCUUAUUGAAGGCUCAUCCCACUUUCUAAUUCACCUCCCUUGUUUGGUGUUUUGAAUUGUGCAUUUGGAAUUUUGGAGCCAGAAGAUCUGUCACCUGUGUGACCCCAGACAAAGCCCAUCAGGGGGGCCAAAAAUAAUAUCUGAUAGCUACGAAUGAGGUGGUCAUGAAGAACUAAUGAUAUAAUCUAUGGGAAAACUCUUUCAAACACACAAAUAAUCAAAAGCAUGAAGUGUUAACUGUGUGUAGUAUGACUGGACAAGGAUUCUGUUUUAUGUAUCUAGAAACCUCACCAUUUCCCCCUUUAGUUAUUAUUUGUGUGAAUAAUUCUUUUACCCCUCUUACUAGUGCUAUAUGCAUCAUUAUGAUCUUACUAACAUGUUGAUAUAAUUAAGCAGUCAUAUUUGGUGUCAGUGUAUAAAAGAAACUGGUGAAUUGGUCUGUGGUCAGAAAAUGAGCUCAGGAUUUUAGAAAGCAUUUAGAGUACCUUUGUGAUCAUGGAAAUAUUGAUCUUGUUUCCCCAGCCAGCAUGAAUCUGGGCAAUGCGAUAUUUGUUUCUUGUUCCUUUAUUUUCAUAAAUGUGCAUAACUAUAGAGCAAACUUGUCCUUUUCUUUUUGAUUAAUUCUAUCAUGGCACAUUUAGAAAACUGAUUCCUGAAUAGCACUACCCCCUCCAAAUAUAGUCAACUCUUUAUUUUUAGUAGCAAUCUUAUUUUUUUAUAGUUUAUUCCCUGGAAUACACCUUUCAAAAACCUACUUUUGUCUUCCCAUUUAUCUAGCAGAGACUUAUCCUAUAGUUUUAUCCAAAUACUUUGAUUAAAUUAGUGGAAAAACUAAAUAAAAUAUGAGCCUAAACCCAACAUGACUUAAAAAGAAAUUAUUUUUUCUUUUAUAAAAUCAUAUAUUACAUUCUUAAGUCAAGAGAAAACUUAGCUUUUCGACUAAAAAUAAUGAAAUAACAUAGCUUAUUAUCAUUAAGUUCAUCUUUUCCUUUGGGAAUGCUAAAUAAGAGCUGACUGUAUUAAAUAGGAGCUUUUCCUAUGUGACAAAAAUCUCUGCAUUUCAGCGUAAAAUUUAUCAGUUUUUACUGUUUUAACUAUCUGUAAACUUUCUAGCAUUGUGUUUGCUUGUGAUUUUACAAUAAAUGAAAGUAUUGUGUU